AUGGGCGACAAGAAGCGCAAGAUCGUCGAAAACAACCCCGAGGAGGCCAUUGAGCCCGAGGGAAAGAAGGCUAAGCGCGAGGAGAAGAAAGAGAAGAAGCGCAAGUCGAAGGACACUGUGGAAGAUGUGAAGGUGGACAAUACUGGUGCUGAGGAGCAGAUCAAAUCAGACAAGAAAGAGAAGAAAGAGAAGAAGGACAAGAAGGACAAGAAAGAGAAAAAGGAAAAGAAGGAGAAGAAGGAGAAGAAAGAAAAGAAAGGAAAGAAGGAUGAGAGCGAGGAGGCUGCGCCGGAGGUAAACGGUGCCGAGGAAGAGAAGCAGGAAACCGCCGAUGCGAUGGAAGUGGAUGAGAAGCCAACCGAGGAAAGCGAGGAUAAGGUAGAUAAGAAGGCCCAGGAGAAGAAAGAGCGGAAAGAGAAGGCGAAGCAGGAAAAGAAGGCCAGAAAGGAAAAGAAGAAGGCCGAGGCCCAAGAGCAGCAGCCGGAGUCCAACGAGCAGCAAUCUCAAGCUGAACCUGCUGAGGAUGACGCCCCGAAGCAGAAAGGUUCCCGGUUCAUUUGCUUUGUCGGAAACCUGCCCUUCUCUGCCAACCAUGAGUCCUUGUCCGCCCACUUCGAAAAGAUUGCCCCAGUCUCAGUACGUGUUGCUACCCAGAAGGAGAAACCGACCAAGUGCCGUGGGUUCGGCUUCAUUGAGUUCGAUAAUUACGAUCGCAUGAAGACCUGCCUCAAGUUGUAUCACCACUCGAUGUUCGAUGAUAAGAAGUACCCGCCCCGGAGGAUCAAUGUUGAAUUGACUGCUGGUGGUGGUGGCAACAACGAGAACCGCAAAGCUAAGAUCGAAGCGAAGAACAAGAAGCUCUUCGAAGAGAGGCAGCGCAACGCCAAGUCCAUCCAACAGGAGAGGGAAAGGAAAACCAAGGUUGAAGAAACUGGCGUUGAUGAAUUUGCGGGUGUGCACCCCAGCCGACUGAGUCGCAUGGCAUAG